AUGCCGACAAUUGAAGUCCUCCCUUCGUCUUCGACUACCAGUGGGCCAAACUGGACCUACUCAAAUCUUCCUCCAGCCCUCGCCCAUAGGAAUACACUACCGGUGGCGACCCGUGUUCGGGCGACUCGAAACAAUAAUUUUGAGAAUAGCGCAGCAAGGCAACGGCAAAUCAAUACCAGGAUAUUGGAGCUGGAAAAUGACAACUAUAGGGAUGUGAAUAUACCGAUUCCAAUCAAAGGGAAGGGGGGACGAUCUUCUAAUAGGGCGAAAGCAAGCAGCACACAAAAUAUGAAGAAGCUUUGCACCCUAGCGUUACCGGUUCCGCGGCAGCGACACCUUCUCACCCAACAUCCGGAUUAUCAGAUGCACAAGCAAGAGUGUUACAGGAUGAGGAGGACGCAGGCCAACCUUUGGGAUACAUGGCCGCGGCUUCGGCGCCCCCCACAAAACCCAAGAGGGUAUUCUGUGAGAUUUGUGGGUAUUGGGGGAAAUAUCGAUGCCAAAGACACGAGGUGUAAUAAGUUUUAUACCUAG